AUGGUCGGAUCACCCUCCGGAGGCGCCAUCCUGUGGUGUGGUGCCCUCCUGGUGCUGGUUGGGGCCGCCGCCAGCCAACAGCUGCCACCGCCAGCGCCCGCGCGUCCGUCGCUGGCGGCCGCCAACCUCUACCUGCCGGCAGGGCAUGGCCAGGGCUUGCCCUCGCCCCCCGUCACCUACAACAUAAGCAGUGCUCCCUACAAUGCCAAGGGAGACGGCCAGACAGAUGACACAUCGGCGAUCAAGGCUGCCAUUGCCGACGCAAAUGCCAACAAGGCGGGCGGCGUGAUCUACCUGCCCGCUGGGACGUAUGUUCUGAGAGAGCCAAUUGUUAUUGAACGCGCCGGCGUGGUGCUGCGUGGUGACGGGGAGGGCACCACCACCAUCCGCAUCCCCGUCUCGCUCUCAGACGUGUAUGCCGGCACAUGGACCAUAGACUCCGAUGGCAAGAUCACCUCCUCCUGGUCGUUCGGCGGCGCUUUCUUCUUGUUCAAGGGCCGCACGCCGCGCAGCUACCACACAGACUCCCGCCUGGCGGCGGUCACCGGCACGGCGCCCCAGGGGGCCUUCCGCCUGCAGGUGGACAGCACCUUCAAGCUCUUCGUUGGACAGUGGGUGCGGGUGUUUGUCAACGACGACUCCACAGCAGCCGGCCGCCGGCGACGCCUGCUGUCGGCUCUCCGCCGCCGCAGCCUCCUCUCCACCAACAGCACCGUCUCCGUCACCACCGUCACCGAUGCCACCACCGGCAGCAGCAUUCAGCUGGUUACGCGGCAGCCGCCCGACUGGCUGCAACAGGAUGCGGUGUACCAAGCGGCCAUGGAGGGUGCGGCGCUGUUCGGCGCAUUUGAUGAGGAAGGGGUGACGGCGGCGCAGGCGCUUGCGGCAGACAAAGCCGCCAUCCAGGAGUCGGGCAUGGUGGUGGCAGCAGCAGCAGCACCCGGCACGGUGGUGGCGUGGCUGUACGGCGACGGGCUGGCCGACAGCGGCCAGCCAAGCGCUGUGGACACAGACGAAGUCAGCCUGUCCGCUAAGGUGUCUGCCGUGGGAAGCAACUGGAUUGAGCUGGACCGAGAGCUCCCCUUCCCAGUGAAAGCCGGGUGGGAUACCGUGGUGCACAGUUACUACCCCACCGUCCAGAACGGCGGCAUGGAGAAGAUGACUAUCGCAUUCGACCACUCCAUGGUUGGGCCACACUUCACCGACCGGGGCUACAAUGCGAUGGAGUUCAAGGCUGUGGCCAACAUGUGGGUCAGCAAGGUUACCGUGCUGAACGCCGACAACGCGCUGUUCACCUCCUGGGCUGACCGCUCCACAUUCGAAGACGUGACGGUGGAUGUGACGCAGCGGCGCUGGGUGGAUGCCGAAUUUAAAGACUCGGAGAACGGCCACCACGCCAUCGGCAUCACCCACGCCCACUCCAACCGCAUCGACCGCUUCAACAUCGCCGCCAAGUACAUCCACGACCUCACGGUAUCCAGCGGCGCCUCCCUCAACGUCUUCACCCGCGGCCGCGGGCGGGACCUGAACCUGGACCACCAUCGGGCUGGACCCUACGCCAACCUCUUCACCGACGUCGACGUCGGCUACGGCCUGCGCCCGUUUGCGUCGGGAGGGAGGAAAGACCGCGCGGCACACUCGGCUCUGGGCACGACCUUUUGGAACCUGCGGGCCAUCGCCAACGCGCCGCCGCCGCUGCAGUGGCCGCCGCCGAGCCCGCCGCCACGCCCGCCGCCGCCGCGGCCCAAGCCUCGACCGCCGCCCAGGCUGCUGGCGCAGCCGCGGCAGCUUGGGCCCACGAACCAGCAGGCGGAGGGCGGGCAGGCGGCGGCGGCCGCCGCGCGGGGCCGGCGCCUCGUCAGCAUCGCCACGCUGCGCCCGCUGGGCCUGCCGGACUGCGACUUUGGGCCCUACCUCAACUUCUACGGCUCCUUCACAGGCAACCAGUGCGCGGCCAUGGGCUGGCUGGUGGCCCCCCUCAACGCCAGCAUGCCCAGCAACCUGUGGCUGGCGCAGACGGCGGCGCGGCGGGCGGCCGCCAGGCGGUGA